AUGUGGAGACUGGCACAAAGCGGUAGGUUGCAGUCAGGUUUCUUGCUGGGAGUUAGGCGCUAUGCGAAACCGUCCAAAAAGGCUUCUACUACAAUUUCAAAUAGUUUGAAAAAGCUGAAUUUUGUCAUCCCUAACUACAUAUCGGUCAAUAAGCUUUCGAAUCUUUUAAAUUGCCGCUCUGAACGGCUAGUCAAAGACUUAACGGGAUUAGGAUUUGCAAACGUCACACAGAACUACAUUUUGUCGAGGGAUUACGUGGAGUUAAUCUUACAGGAGUAUAAUUAUGAAUUGCCCGCUUCCCGAAAGCAGUUAAACGCCCAAACGGUUUACGAUGAGUUGAAGAGUCCUGUAAAUCCAAAACUGUUACAGAAGAGACCACCUGUUGUUACAAUUAUGGGACAUGUCGAUCACGGUAAGACGACAAUUAUUGAUCAUUUGAGGAAAUCAUCCGUUGUAUCGCAAGAGCACGGCGGUAUUACACAACACAUUGGUGCAUUUCAAGUGGUAACACCAGUUUCCAAGAAAAAGAUUACGUUUUUAGAUACCCCAGGCCAUGCAGCAUUUUUGAAGAUGAGAGAAAGAGGUGCUAAUAUUACGGAUAUUAUUGUUCUUGUUGUUUCCGUUGAAGAUUCCAUUAUGCCUCAAACGAUAGAGGCCAUUAAACAUGCAAAGAAUUCCGGUAAUGAAACUAUAAUUGCCAUUACUAAAAUUGAUAAGAUUAAGCAACCAAGGGAAAGGGAAAGAGCCCUUGAAAGAGUAACUGCAGAUUUGAUUGCUCAUGAUAUCCAGUUGGAACAGGUCGGGGGUGAUGUACAAGUAGUUCCGUUGAGCGCCCGUUCUGGUGAAAAUAUGGAUUUAUUAGAGGAAAGUAUUGUUCUUUUAAGUGAUGUGAUGGAUAUUAGGGCAGAAGAUUCUAACAAAGUUGCCGCUGAAGGUUGGGUGUUAGAAUCACAAGUGAAGAAGAGCGUCGGUAUUGUAGCCACAGUUCUUUUGAAAAAAGGUUGUUUGCAAAAGGGUAAUAUUCUUGUUUGUGGUAAUACGUACUGUAGAGUAAGAAAUCUACUUGACAGCGCAGGUAGGCCGGUAACCAAGGCAAUGCCAGCAGAUGCUGUAGAAGUAUUAGGUUGGAAAGAAAUACCUGAAGCCGGAGAUCAAGUGAUUCAGGCUAAAAACGAAGCACAAGCGAAGAAAUACAAUGCUAAGAGAAUAGCACUUCUAGAAGUGGAAGAGCAGGCUAUUAAUGUGGAAAAGUUGAAUUUGGAAAGAGGUCUUAAGAGAGAUGAAGACGACGCCCAAGAUGAGAAUGAAGAUGGCGAAGAUAUUGAUAGUACAAAACAGGAACUUGGUCCAAAGAAGGUGAAUUUUAUCGUCAAGGCCGAUGUUUCUGGGUCUGCGGAAGCUAUCAAAGAAAGCAUUGCAUCAUUAGGUAACGAAGAAGUCGUUUGUAAUGUUGUUUCGUCGUCGGUGGGUCCUCCGGCAGAAAGUGAUCUAAAGAUGGCUCAAAUUACGGACAGUAAAAUACUGUGCUUCAAUUUAGGUAGCUUACCAACUGAAGUGAUUAAUAACAGGAAAGGUGUUGAUAUUAGACAGUACAAUGUGAUCUACAAACUGAUCGAAGAUGUGACUCAAGUACUGACAGAUAAUUUGAAACCUAUUUAUGAGACCAAACACGUUGCACAGAUCGAUGUACGAGAAAUAUUUGAGUUCACACUGAAGAAGAAGGUCAUCAAGAUCGCUGGUUGCAGAGUUGAGAAUGGUAAAAUUUUCAGAAACUCUACCGUUCAAAUUUUGAGAAACGAUCAAGUAAUAUUCGAUGGUAAAUUAGCUACUUUGAAACAGGGUAAAGAUGAUACUCUUGAAGUUACAAAGGGUAAUGAGUGUGGUAUAACUUUUGAAAAAGGAUUUGAAGAUUAUGAAGCAGGUGAUAAGAUUAUGGUUUAUGAAAGACAACGUGUACCUCGUUACUUGUAA